UGUCUCUCAGUUCCCCAUCUGUACAAUGGGGAUAAUAGCACUACCCUGCCUCCCAGGGUAUGGUCCAUUUGAGACUGUGAGGUGCUCAGAUAGCACCAUGAUGAGAAGUACAUUAGCGUGAUAGCAUAGGCCCAGCGGUUGGUUGUGCCUCUCUUUAAUCUCCUCUCUUUCAGAACCGGUUGGCCUUGAAUCUAUCAUUUUACUUUCCAAGCUCAUCAAACUCCUUUUUUAUCUCAUCACGGCUGGUUUUCUUCUCUCUCUCCCACUUGAGGGCCAGGGUUGUGUCUCUCCCAGCCCGACCUCCAUUUGAAGAACUCCGCGUCCCACUGCCCGUUCACACACUACAGCGUGGCCUUUGUUGUACUUUUCAGAUAAAGCAAGGCAGGAGGAAAAUAAUCCCCCUUGCUGACUGAUCCACACCUCUGCUGUCUGUCACUUCAAGGAUUUGGGAAUGAGGAGUGCUUGCUUCACAACAAUCUUCUUUGAAGGUCUCUCCACUCCCUUGUUAUUGCAUCUUUUUAAAGGAGAUAAAAAUUAUGUAUAGAGGAGGGGAACAAACCUCAGCGUAAAAUGCAAAGCGCACAGUUAAAAUUCACCAGAGUCUGAUCCCCGCUUGCUUUGAAGCCAAUGGGAGUUUUGCAAGUGUCUGUAAUAGGAACAUAACCAGGCCCGGUUCAGGAAAUGUUAAGUUGCAGGGGUCCAGCAGUCACUUACCCCAUGGCAUAUUAUGAUGUACAUUUGCAACAUAAACAACAGCUGUGUGCAAGAUAAUGCAGCAAACCCGUUGUUCCUGUGGCUGACAACAAGCUCCUGAAUAUCUCAAAGAAGUGAAAUCGGCUUUCCAUCGCUCCCAGACACUGGGCUAUAGGAAUGGCUUUGCCUGUUCACGGCUACCGACGAUGGGGAUAGGCAGGGAGCGACUCUAUGUGAACCAGCUGUCCCAGGCCGAAUUAGAUGAACUGUCCAACAAGAGACCCACGCUGACCUACGGGCAAGCCAAGCAGGCCCCACCUUCUGACUUCAUUCCAGCACAUGUGGCUUUUGACAAAAAGGUGUUGAAGUUUGAUGCCUAUUUCCAGGAAGAUGUUCCUAUAUCCACAGAAGAGCAUUUCCGGAUCCGCCAAGUGGGUAUUUAUUACUACUUGGAGGACGACAGCAUGUCUGUCAUGGAGCCCAUCGUGGAGAACUCAGGUAUUCCUCAGGGCAAGCUCAUCAAACGCCAGCGGAUACCCAAGAAUGACCGAGGGGACCAUUACCACUGGAAAGACCUGAAUCGGGGCAUGAACAUCACCAUCUAUGGCAAGACUUUCCGCAUAGUCGACUGUGACCCGUUCACACAGGUAUUUCUGGAGAGCCAAGGAAUUGAACUGAACCCUCCUGAGAAAAUGAUUUUCGACCCAUACACGGAGCUCCGGAAGAUGCCCCUGCGCAUGUACGUCACGCCGUCGAGCUUCGACCAGCUCAAACAGUUUCUGUCCUUUGACAAGCAGGUCCUACGCUUCUACGCCAUAUGGGAUGACACCGAGAACAUGUUUGGCGAGAACCGGCCUUUCAUCAUCCAUUUCUACCUGGCUGACGACACGGUGGAGGUUCGGGAACUCCACGAACGCAACGAUGGCAGAGACCCUUUCCCGGUGCUGAUCAGACGCCAGCGCUUGCCCAAAAGCUUUGUGGACAAGAUGAAAACCUUCCCCCGCUGCGUGCUGGAGAUCUCCAAUCAGGAGGUGCUGGAGUGGUACACUGUUAAAGAUUUUGCCGUUGGCAAGCCCAUCACCCUCCUGGGGCGCAGUUUCUUCAUCUACGACUGUGAUGAGUUCACAAGACAGUUCUAUUACGAGAAGUUUGGCAUCACUGACUUCCAGCCGGUGGAUGUAAAGAAGAAGCCACCAGAGGAAGUGCCACAGAUCAUUCCUCCCUACAAUGGUUACGGCUUCCUGGAAGACUCCCUGCAGAACUGCUUCUCCCUGCUGCCACAGCCUCCCAGGAAAAACUUUAUUAAGAUGCUAGAGAAUGACCACAAGGUGCUGCGCUAUCAGGUUGCACUGGAAUCACCAAACCCUGAGGAGAGAAAGCGCCAGUUCAUCCUCUCCUAUUUCCUCUCCACUGACAUGAUCAGCAUCUAUGAGCCGCCUGUCCGCAAUUCAGGCAUCAUUGGAGGCAAAUACUUAGGAAAGACCAAAGUCCCCAAGCCAGGCUCCACUACAGAUAACCCUGUUUACUAUGAGCCAGCGGACCUCACCAUCGGUGCCACGGUUGAAGUGUUUGGCCACAGGUUUAUCAUCACCGAUGCUGACGAGUACGUCUUGAAUUACAUGGAAAGCAACGCCGAGAGUUUCCCUGCAACAACGCUGCAGUCUCUGCGGGAUCACUUUGCCCCUCGACGAACGGCAGUGCAGGCAGCGGAGAGCCAGUCAGCAGCGGGGAUGGGCAGGCAGGAACUGGAAGAGUUAGUGAAGCAGGUUCAGGAGCAGCUGAAGCACCAUAACUACUUGAGUAACAGCAGCAUGCGGGAGGCGUUCCUUCACCACGACAAGGAUAGCUCCGGAUUCCUCGACAAAGAAGAGUUCUUUGCCCUCUGCAACCGCUUCAACCUGCCGGUCAGCGACGCCCUGGUUAACAAGCUGAUCAGCCUGUGUUCGCAUGGGGAGAACCAGAUCAGUUACCGUGACUUCAUCAGAGCGUUUUCCUGAUGAGCAGCCCCCGGAAGGGGAGACACAACCCAGCCAACUGUCCCAGCUGAAAUGACACAUAUUCAAAGAUUGUACCUCUAGACUCUCCCCCCUCCCCCCGUCACUUCAUUGAGCGCUGCUCAGCCCUUCGGCACCAGGUCACCUCAUCUCUGCCCCACUUACCUUCCUCCCUCACUGAGCUCAAUGUCCCAAAUGCGGGGCCUGCAAGCAGAGCCUGUAGAAAAAGCUUCAUUUGUAUUAAAGAAAUGACUCCACAUCGUU